AUGAAAGUAGAACAUGAUGAUCACACACAACCUGCCGAAGAUUUUAUAACAACAGAUAAUUUAGAAGCAAGUGAAGAGACUGAAAUAGAAACUAGGAGAACUACUACGACUUGUACUGAAUUUAAGGACAAUUUAUUUGAUAGAUAUGUACUGGUUCAAUUUGAGAGUGGAAAGAGAAUGCGUCAUUUUGUAGGAAAAGUGAUAAUGGUAAAUGACAAUGAAAGAAAAUAUAAAGUAGAUUUUCUUAGAAAAAAAUCCGUUGUGGAAAAUGUUGUCAAUUUUGCAAAACCAAUAGUGCCAGAUAUUGCAGAAGUUGAUUUCGAUGAUAUUAAACGUGUAUUCGGUACACCGAAUAUUUCUAGGCGCGGAUUAAUUUGUUUUGACGAUUUAGUAUUUAAAGAUAUUGAAUAA